AUGGCAAACAAUCGUCUUUUCGUGUGUUUAAUUAUGCUCUUCAUGAUCUUCCUCGUCAUUGAACAAUCAGCUGGGAUUUACCUUGAUUGUCAAGCACAUUGUUUGUGGACAUCUCGACGUGAAUGGAAUGUCGAUAAUUUACGAAUUUGCCGCGAAGGAUGCGAGCUAAUGAAAUUGCUUGAAAAGAUAGAUCUUCAAGAAGGCAAAUACCGUCGCUAUCGAUUAUAUAGCUAA